CGCCUUUCCUUCACAACUUCUCUGCAAAUUUUUCCCCUUUUGUAAGAUUCCCAUGAUUAAUUUACCUUCUUCACACCGGCAUUCAUUUUUCUUGGUGUAAUUUUUAAAUUCCAGCUCUGUAAUAAUCAUCCCUGCAAUAUAAUAUCCAUUCAUAUAUGAUGAUGAUCCUUUGAUUGUUCCUGUUUCCAUGGCCCGAGACAAAUUUGCCCAAGGGAACUUGUAAGGGCUGAAUCAAUGGGGAAGCCUUUUGCUAGGAAGAACAGUAGUGUAGUGUCAAGGUCGAAUAAUGGGAGCUUCAAGGCACUCGGGAAAGGGGUCGUGGAGCGGUCCUAUAGCUGCAAGGCAUUUGAUGAGGACACCACAGUCUUCAUUGACAUGUCGCAAGAACUGAAGGAAGAAGGGAAAAGACUGCAGCAAAGGCACGACUAUGAAGGCGCCAUGUUAAAGUACGAGAAAGCCCUCGCUUUGCUCCCCAAGAACCAUAUCGGCGUUGCUCUCUUGCACACUAACUUGGCAUCUUGCUACAUGCAAAUGGGGAUCGGCGAGUAUCCAAGCGCGAUAAACGAGUGCAAUUUAGCCCUUGAAGUGUCUCCCAAGUACACCAAAGCUUUGAUUAGGAGGGCAAAAUGCUAUGAAUCUUUGCAUAGGCUUGAUUUGGCGCAAAGGGACGUGAAUCAUGCUUUGGGUAUAGAACCUAAUAACUCGUCCGCUUUGGAGCUUUCCAAUAAGAUCAAGAAACAAAUGGAAGGGAAGGGUCUACAGCUUGAAGAUAAAGAAAUUGUGCAGCACGUUGAACCGCAAAUCACUUCCGCUAGCAAAGUAAGAGAUAAUAAGGUGAAGAAAAAGAAGAGCCAUAAACAUGAUAAGAAGAAGGUAGAGGAAGUCGAGUCGAAAAAGGUCGAGGAGGAAGAAAAGAAGACUGAAGACAAGGUGGUGGUAGACGAGACGAUAAGCAUCAAGGAAGAGAAACCUGAGAUGAAGACUGUGAAAUUAGUACUUGAGGAGGAUAUAAGAUGGGCACAAUUACCAUUGAAUUGCAGUAUUGGAUUGGUGCGAGAAACGGUUUUGAAUCGAUUCCCAAACAUGGCAGGUGCACUCAUCAAGUAUAAGGAUCAAGAAGGUGAUCUGGUCACUAUCACGACGACUGCUGAGCUUAGGAUGGCUGAGGCCUCAUCUCUUGAUAAAAACACUUUUUUAAAGUUGUACAUCAGAGAAGUGAGUCCUGAUGAAGAACCGGUUUACGAAUGGUUCGAAGAGGAAAAACUUCAGAGAAGAAGGUACAAAUCCUCCACAAGUAAUUUGGAGAGAGGGAGGGAAGAGGAGACCGGACCGAUUUGCAUAGAGGAGUGGAUAGUACAAUUCGCACGACUCUUCAAAAAUCAUGUUGGCUUCGAAUGCGACUCGUAUUUGGACAUCCAUGAGAUAGGGAUGAAGAUAUACUUAGAAGCUAUGGAAGAUUCAGUCACGAAUGAGGAUGCAGAAGAACUUUUCAAAAUUGCUGCAGAAAAGUUCCAAGAAAUGGCAGCACUGGCAUUGUUCAAUUGGGGAAAUGUUCACAUGUCCAAGGCAAGGAAGAGAGUGUACUUCACAGAAGAUGGGUCUAAAGGGUCAGUCAUGGAACAGGUCAAACACGCAUUUGAUUGGACCAAAAAUGAAUACACAAUGGCUGCAAGGAGGUACGAGGAAGCUGUCAAGCUCAAGCCAGACUUCUACGAAGGCUUUCUUUCUCUGGGACAACUAAAAUUUGAACAAGCAAAGCUACACUGGUACUAUAUGGUUGGUAAUGGGAGAAAAGUCGACUUAGAGAGCGGUCCAUUUGCCGAGGUGCUAGAAAUGUAUAAUGACGCCGAGGACAACAUGGAGAGGGGAUUGCAGAUGCUGGAGGAGGCAGAAGAACAGCGGCUUAACGGACUGUCCAAACAUGAAGAACACAAAUCCCUUUUGUCCAAGAUGGGGUUGGAUGGGCUACUAAAGGAUGUCAAACCUGAAGUGGCUGAAGAACAAGCUGCUAAUAUGAGGUCUCAAAUUUACCUCUUAUGGGGUGCCUUGUUGUAUGAGCGUUCCGUUAUGGAGUAUAAGCUGGGUUUACCCACAUGGGAGGAGUGUCUGGAAGUUGCAGUGGAGAAGUUUGAACUGGCUGGUGCAUCUCAAACCGAUAUAGCUGUCAUGAUAAAGAACCACAAUUCUAACGAUACGGCUUUGGAAGGGUUCAAGGUUGAUGAGAUUGUACAAGCAUGGAAUGAAAUGUAUGAUAGCAAUAGGUGGCGGAAAGGCGUCCCAGCUUUUCGCCUAGAGCCACUCUUCCGCCGCCGUGUUCCUCAACUUCAGACCGUGCUGGAGAAUCUAUAAACUAUCAACACGUGGCAUUUUCGUUUCUUUGUUGGGGUGGACAGAAGAUUCUUAUACUUUCAUUUACAUACAUAUACAUAGAAGUUGCCCACUUAGAUUACAUUUUGGGUGAAAUUACCUAAACAUUAAACAGCCUCCCUACUUUGGAAUAGGAGUAAAGUCGGCAUACACACAUCCUCCAAAUCCUACUCUUGUGGGAUUU